UGUAAGUUAUUUCUUAUACACAUUUUGUUCAGUCAUUUUAAACAUUUUUAUUUUGUUUCCACAACUAAACACUUUGACGGUAUAUGAGGGACUUAGCGCCCUCUUGUGGCUACGCAUAUUUUUUUUCCCGCCUUUUCUUUUUKAUCUCCACUCCGUUGCAGUGUUUCUUGUGUGGCUGUCUUGAGUAUUUACAUUUCAGCACGUUGAGGAAAAGCAGCGUCAACUCACCCAGAUACUCAAGGAUCUAUGCAAAGCAGCUGUUUUGUAAUCUUUUGCUUCAUUUUUUAUUUUUUUUUUGCCUAAUGUCGUUUAGUUUUGUUACAUUUAUGGAGGGUUUUGAAGUCGUUUCAACUGCCAAACAGAUUCAUUAUUGCUUCACAACAUUGAACUGUCAGUUAGAGAGACAUUGUAUCUAGUAUUUGCCUGGUUGUGUUCCAUUUUAACUUUUGUCUUUUUACCCUGAAACUGGGUUAAAGCUCAGUUAUAGACCCAGCAGUCAGGUUAAAUGUACUGUUGGGCCAAAAGCAAAGUCUAAAAGCGAGAAAAGGCCAAGAAACCUGCAUUUGUGCUUCUCUAGAAAGCAUUUUGGUCUAAUGAGGACCAUUUUAACCUGGCUUAAUGCGAACCAAAACAAAACAGACACACGCUUCAGAUUCCCACUUUGAAAUCUAUGUCCAGGUAUUACAAAGAGGACAAAGUGUGCUGAAUCUUUAGAGCUACUGGAUCCUGGAGUCUAUUUGCUCCACUUCAAAGAGAAAAAGAGGAUAAAAUCGACCACUUUCCUUACACAAAUAAAAUGAAAAUGAGAGUCAAUGUGUCCAGCRAUAGCAUUCCAUUUACUCUGGGGAGAGAGCGGAGUUGGGAGGAGUUAGAAGGUACCACGGCUCUGCUGCUCUCCUCCUCGGAUCACAACACAUCGGGGAGAGAGUCAGAAAGAAGUGAUGAAAGAAGACGAGAGAGACCAGCUGUUGCCUCCUUCCCGAUCUCAAUAAGGCAUCAAACCUGCGGCAGUUUUACAUCUGGACAAUGAAACYGGCAGGACCAAGGUUUUCUGGCAGUGAGGAAGAACUGAAAUGAGACACAGAGACUGAAGCCUUGAAUAAAGAAAACAAGUCACGGCGGUGGGCCCUGAUUGGUCCUGCAGGAGUGAGUACCUGCCGGUGGUCGACAUGUCUGUGUGGAUGAUCCUUCCUGUCAGCCUACCAGUCUUCACCAUUACAGGAAUAUGGGUCGUAUAUGCAAUGGCCCUCUACAACCAGCAUGUCUGCCCUGUGCACAACUGGUGGAAAAGCGCCUUGCUGUCAUCUCAUGCUUCUGCCUUUUUCUGCUGCAGUAAAUGUGGAACUCUGCCACCUGAAAGCUGUUUCUUCAGCCUCAUUUGCAGCACAGGAGCCUUCAUGGUGAUGCUCGUCUCUCUGCUGCGUUACGCUCACGUGAUUGAGAAGCACCAGAACUGUGUUCUGAACAUGGCCAGCCUUUCCACCGGGUGGAUGUGUGCUGCUGGUCUCACCAUGGUGGGAAACUUCCAGGUGGAUUUUGCCAAAGUCCUUCAUUAUGUAGGCGCUGGAGUGGCGUUCCCAUCCAGCAUGCUGUUUGUGAGCUUCCAAACGGCUCUAACCUACAGAUUGGCCAAAACCCAGGAGGAGUAUUGGAUGGGUCACAUACGGGCGGGGAUGUCUGUGCUUGCACUGAUCGCCCUGGUGCUCAGUGGAGUUUUUUUCUGCCAGGAGAGCUUCUCCCUGCAGCACACCUCCGCCAUCUUCGAGUGGAUCUACUGCAUGGUCAUCAUGUUCUUCUACGGGACGUUUGCCUUUGAGUUUGGAGGGGUGUCAGCCGACACACUGAUCGUUCUCUCCAAAGGAGGGGGACUUCCCAGCUUCUCCCUCACUGGGCACAAGCCGGAGAUUAGUGGCGGGCCUGGCCACCACCAGGCAGAGAACCUGUCGAUCCUUUAACGGAACAGCACUGGGGAUCACUGUGUGAAACAUGGAGGGAGACCCUUAUUGCUACGCUCAUGUUGCACAUUCAGUAGCCUCAGCACCGAAGACACUCGUAGACUUGUAGUCUGCUACGCUGCGUAACAUUGCACAAUAUCACAAGUGCCCUCCUGAAGACAAGAGGCCAGUUACGAUCUAUACGUGUGGACACAGUUCUCGCUGUUUGUUUUGUUUUUGUCCUUAUGUAACGAUCACCCUCUGAAUCCUCAGCUGGAGCUGCCUUUCAUCUGAACAAAUAUCUUCAAAAAGUGCCUCAGAUGUCUCUCAGAGUUGAAAUGUUCAGACACGGAGCCUGGGUAUUGUUUUCUGUCAGGAAGUUCUGUUACAUCACCACCGCUCCGCCUUUCUGUCGGCGCUAAGGUGAGGUUUUCCAAAAGCUUCGGACAAUGGGUGGACGUAACUGGGUGCCAAGAAUAAUUUUCUUUCAUCUGAAGUGGGUUUUCCAUCCAAAUCUUCUGAUACGAGUAUUUGUCUUUACUCCGAACAGCUCGUGUGAUUUGUUUCUCAGAUUAUAAUAUGCAAGCCAUAAUGCAGCACAAUGUUGAGGUAGAUGCCUCGUUUUUGCAUAUAAGCUCAGCUCUGUUGUAUAUUUGAUCUCAUCAGAUAUGAGAUCAUAUCUCAUAUGAUCUCAUAUUGAGAAAUUGAGAAAUUUCUCAAUUGAGAAAUUGUAUUUCUCAAUUGAGAAAUACAAUUGAGAAUUGUAUUUCUCAAUUGUAUUUUGAGAAAUACAAUUCUGUAUUUCUCAAAAUACAGAAUUGUAUUUUGAGAAAUACAAUUCUGUAGAGAGCAUACAGACUAGAAAAAAAUAAAGCAAAAUGAAAAACGGGCGCUUGAUUUUUCAAUGUGCGAAAUAAAAAGUGACCAGACUGUUGCAUGGAUGAUAAAUCAAUUUCAGCUUGCCAUAGAUCAACUAAAUAAUACAGCAGACACAUGAAAGAAGGGGCUCUGGUCAGAUGAGAAGAACAGAUCUGUGAGCUCCAUCUCAUUUUUGCAUUUGCAAGUUAGAUUUCUUCGCUGCAAGGUGUGUCGAAUCUUAAUUUUACUCAAAUAAAUUGUUUGGCUAUCA